CGUGACUGCCUUGACAUCAACAGCAUAAAGCUAUCGACAGUGGCUGCGGUGUCUGUUAUUGCUGUGUGUUCGGGGAACUUUAAUGCGAUCUUAACAUGUGGAAGCAAAUAACAUUUGUUUUGACGGUGUUGAUAAUCACAACAAACAAUUUAGUUAACUCAGUGGUCAUAUGUACACCGCCGUGGAAAAAAGUACACCGCGGCUGUUACAUGUUCAACAGGCAUCUGUCCACAUGGUACGAUGCUCAGCAGGUCUGUCAAAGAAAUGGGGGCUACCUGGCGUCCAUGUCGAGCAGAGCAGAGGCGGUGCGGGUAUUGCUGAACAUCCACCCCCUGAUCCGGACAUCGUCUAUGAAGCACUGGUGGCUGGGGUUGUCCCUCAAUAAAACAAUCGCCAAGUGGAAGUGGGAGGACGGAAGUGAUCUCCAAACCAGUGUCAUUGCCUGGAAACCCGGUGAGCCCAACAACUCCCUGAGAGACGAACAGUGUGGCGAGAUGAACAUACAGGGCAAACUGAACGACCAGAAGUGUGACUCCCUCAACCCUUUCAUCUGCGAGCAAUACCCUCCGACCUUGCCGCCACCUUCCACAACAACAGUGGCGACAACUACGGACGACCCAGAAACAACCAUGGACAUGCUCACCCCCACCACGAGGAAUCAUGGGCACACAGUGAAGACAACCACCUUCUUCAACCUGAACAAGACAAUUACUGUUGGGUACAAACAACGAGAGACGGUAUCGGUACAACCUGGCGAAGAGAGCUUACCAGAAAUGACCACUGGGUCAGACAAGUCGAGAGAAGAGAAACCCUUAACACAUACUACAGACCCCACCAGCAACUCUUCAACGGGUAAAUUGACUACUUCAAGGCCAUCAAAUAUUGUGAAAACGACUUUAAAAUCUGCUUCUUCGCGUCGUGAUAAAACGACAAGAAUGUCUUUGAAUACGGAUACAGUCCAAUCAUCUUCUGGACUUCACAAAACACGUGCCCCCAACGAAGCAGACGGAAAUGUAGAAAAAAUCCAAUGCGACCCUCUGGAAGCGUACGAUAUAUCUUGGCCAAGGGCAACCAAGGGGGAGGUAGUCAGCCGCCCUUGCAAGACUGGAACUGGGUUUGCCACGUGGACUUGCGAUGAGAAAACAGCAGAAUGGAGAGAAAUGCCGAAUAUUGACGAUUGUGUAUCAAAAGAUAUUGAGAGAAUCCUUGACCAGACACUGAGUACGUCAGAGGACGUGUCACAGCUGACGGCAGAUCUAGUGGACGCGCUACAGGCCGGGGGCGGGAGAACGGUGGCGGACAUCGUCACCACAGCCCGGGUCCUCAAGUCUAUCCCUGCCAUUCAAGCUAAAGACGAGGAGGAAUUCAGAACACUAGCUCAGGACACUAUUUCGAUCGGCAGUCUUUUGGUGAAACAAACAAUGGACUCAACAGACCUGUCGUCUGCUGACAAAAAGCGCGCGGCGUCCGUCCUUCUGUCGGCCGUUGAGGAAGUCGCCAGCGAGCUGUUGGACUCCAUUGACAAGCCAAUAGCUUUCCAAACUAAAUCCCACACUAUACUUGCCAUGUUCUACGUUUUGGACGCCGCCUCUGUCACCGACUUGAAUUUCAACACCGAUGAUUCUGGCUCCAAUUUUCUUAUCCCUGAACACACAAUAAAACAAUAUAAUAAAAAUGGUUUGACAAAGGUUGUGUUUAUGAAGCACUCAAACGCCGCUGAUCUGCUUCCGGUCCCUGAUAUUAACUACACGAUUCUAAAAGACAUUCUCAGUGCCUCCAUUCCUGGUUUUGAUGUGAGGGAUCUAAAUGAUCCUGUAACAUUCACCAUGAAACUACAGAGGAGCAGACGCUCAGGGUCCUCAAUAGCUACUCCUCUGUGCUCCUUCUGGAAUUUCUCCAAAGGAGAAGUAGGCGAUUGGUCUCAGGAAGGCUGUUCUUUGAAGGAAGUGAACAACACACAUGUGACUUGCCAGUGUGAUCACCUGACAAACUUCGCGGUUCUGAUGGACGUUUCGGGAGUAGAGCUGGGUUAUCAACAUGUGUUGUCUCUGACCUUCAUAAGUUAUAUUGGUUGUAUCAUUUCCAUCAUCUUUCUGGCCACCAGUUGGUUAACAUUUCAAUGUCUAGGGUCAUUACAAGGUGAAAGGAACUCAAUUCACAAGAAUCUUGUAUUCUGUCUCUUCGCAGCAGAGGUUAUCUUUGUUUUUGGCAUUGGGAGAACGGAACAAAAGGUCGCCUGUGCCGCCAUAGCGCUUCUCUUGCACUUCUUCUUUCUGUCUGCCUUCACUUGGAUGUUGAUGGAGGGGAUACAUAUCGUUGUCAUGUUGGUACAAGUCUUUGAUGCCGCCAAAUCCCGGCUCAAAUACUACUAUCUCGUUGGCUACGGUGCCCCAGUCAUAGUGGUCGCUACAACAGCUACCACGGACUUCACGGCGUACGGCACCGACAACUAUUGUUGGCUGACGACACAGAAUUGGUUUAUUUGGAGUUUUGCGGGCCCGGUUGCUCUUGUGUUGGCAGUAAAUGCCAUAGUACUCUCUUAUUCCAUGUCAAUGGUUUGCAGACAUUCCGCUUACGUGUUUUCUCAAGAUCGUUCACAAUCUGGAACGUUUAGAGCUUGGAUUCAGGGAGCCUUGGCUAUCGAGGUUCUGCUCGGUUUGACCUGGGUGUUUGGAUAUUUUUUCAUCAAUAAGGAGACGGUGGCAGUAGCUUACAUAUUCACCAUACUCAACAGUCUUCAGGGACUUUUCAUCUUUAUAUUUCAUUGUGCAAUGAAUAGAAAGGUAAGAGGUGAGUACAAGAAACUUGUACGUCUCAGCAAGAGAGCGCCCUCAACAACCACCAAACCACAGUCGAACACCGCCCGGAAGCAGAGUGGAUCUUAUGAACUCUAUGUUCCUUCCUCCUAACUUUGAAGAGUUCCAAUCGCCAUUUGUGCUGUUUGCAGAUUGCGACGUCUUAUAAAGUGUACUUACCUGACAUUUGAUCGUGUGAAAUAACACACUAAUAUUGAUGAUCCAAAGUUGUACAGAUCUAGAACUGUGAUUUAUAACGAUGCGCAUGCCCUAAGCAGUGUAAGAGAUCAUAAGAUAUUACGCAUUGUUUGGGGGGGGGUCGUUCAAAAGUCGAUAGGCGUAAUAUUUUUUAAAGAUACAUAAUGAUUUAUGUAAUUAUAGUUUAAGGAAAACAAUUAUGUGUCAUCUAAUAGGAGUCUUGACCGCCGAAGGAGAUAAAACGGUUAAAAAUAAAUGUAAUGCAAAGUGUUUAUGAAGUGGGCAUCUUAUCUAAAUGUGUAGUAGAAAAAAAAACACUUUUAUUUUGCUUAAAAUUUACCGAGUUCUGUCUCAGGCUGAGUAAAGUUCCCGGAUCAAACUCGUGCAAUACUGUUAUGUUUACGUGUACAUUUUAUUUUUAUAUCAUAAUGACCUGCAGUAUUAUAGAAAUGUCAUAAUGAGAUAAACUAAAUGUGGAUCAUUGCUUUUGUAAAUAGAUUUUUCUUCUUUCUUAUUCAUUUUUGUGGAUCGUUUUAGCACAAUUGUAGAAUUUUAAGGGUAACAAAGACAUUUCCUUAUUUUUUUUUGUAUGACGAGAAAAUGAAUUUGUAGAAAUUAUGUCUGUUUUAUUUGUUGUGUAUAGUUUUUUCUUAAAAUGUUGACCCAAAUUUAUUGUACUUGAUAAGUGCAUAUAUUAUACUUUUUUCUGUAAUAAAAAAGUCCCAUACACAAUUGCAAUAAUGUAUAAAAUCACAAAAGUUUCUAUAGAGAUUAUGAAAUGUAUAAAACCCAGUUUUCGUAUAGAAAUGUGUUUCGUACUGUAUGUUUAUUUUUCAUGAUAAUAUACAAUGUACUGAUAUUUUGCUCAGGGUUGUAUAUAUAUAAUUUCACAAGGUCCUUUAGCGAUGUACAUUUAUCACUGCUAAUAUUAAAAAAAUAUUCGGAAUCGUCAUUGUCUUUAAGUGCUUCCAGAAUUAAACAGUAUGACUGCAUGAUUAAAAUACAUAUUGUUCUAAGUAUUUAAAAUUUUGCUGAAACUUUUUAUAACAAAAGAAGAGGACACACCCACCAUACAUGUAUAUGUUGUUGACCUGUCCGUCUGUAUGUUGACUUGUUGUUUUGUUGUAGCUGUAAAGGUUUGUUGUUUUUGUUUGCUAUAAAUGAUGCUUCACUGCCAAGUACUAACGUUUGUCUACAUGUUUACCAAUCAUUUUGUACUCAAUUUUAUACAUUCUUUUACAAUAAAUUGUUUUACGUAUA